UUACAAUUUAAAUAGAAAAGGUUGAGCACUCUGCCCAGUAGCUCUAACCACAAGACCACAUCCCCCCUGACAAAUCGGAAGAAGUUUUAUGUUGCGCUUUUCACAUGACUGAAUAAUGAGCAGUGCUUCUGUGCAAAGAGCAAAAUCGACUAAGCUUGCGACAAACACUUUAUACUGAUCUAAUAUCUGUGGUUGAGACAGGAGGGCUUCAACCAGGAAGUCAUCAUUGAACAAAUCGUCCGUGUUUUCUUUCACCUCUCAUAAGACAGAGCACCCACAAAUGAAAAGGUGAACAAGCUAAAAUUUUUACUAAAUUCCUGUCAGAAGAUGAUGAAUACAACCACUUGUCCUCGUGUCAGCUUGGACUUUACAGGCAGAUUCUUGAUUCCUGUCUACAUCUUAGUGUUCAUCGUUGGUCUGGUGGCUAAUGGAUGGGGACUGAAGUCUCUGCUGCAUGACUGGAAGAAACUAAAGAUCAUCAACGUGUUUGUUCUCAACCUUGGACUUACAGAUGUUUUGUACCUGCUCACACUCCCAUUUUGGGUGGUGUACUACUUAAUGGGGAGUAAGUGGAUCUUUGGAGAAACAUUCUGCAAGAUAACAAGAUUCUGCUUCAAUGUGAAUCUAUACGGCAGCAUUGGAUUCCUGACUUGUAUCAGUGUGUACAGAUACCUGGCCACUGUUCAUCCAGUGAAAGUGUUGCGAAGAAUAACUGUCACCCGUUCUGUGAUGAUCUCGGUCACAGUCUGGCUGUUGGUGAGUGUUCAAAGUCUUCCAGACAUUUUCUUCCCCAAGACAUUUAGAAACAAGACUGAACAAUGCUUUGAUACCACGCAUAACGACCACGUUGAGGAUUACCUGAAAUACACUCUUGGAUGGACCCUCACUGGCUUUUGUAUCCCGUUCCUCAUCACACUGGGCUGCUACGGACACGUGGCUGUAGUUUUAUGGACAUUGAAGAGAACUGAUAAGGUACUGAAACAGAGAAGCUUGAAGUUGUUGCUCAUCUUGAUUCUUCUCUUUUCUGUUUGUUACAUCCCCUAUCAUGUAUUCAGAAACCUCAGCCUCUUGGCAAGAGUUCUUACCAAACAGGGGAUAUGCCAUAAAUGGUAUAACGGAGUCCACAUUGCCCGUCAGAUAAGUCGUGUCCUUGUGUGUCUGAACAGUGCUCUCAACCCUCUGGUUUACCUCCAUGGACACGAAGACGUUCCUGCUCAACUCAGACAGAAGCUCCAGCAAGUUCGUCAGAUGUUAAUCCAUCUUUUUUAGUCAAACUCCAGCAGAAGGCCUUCUGCACCGACUGUAGAUAAACUGUAACACAAGAAAAACACGUUUUUUUCCGAACAGAAAUAUGUUUAACAUUAUAGGUCAUAAUUGUAUUUCUAAUACAUAUGCAAUGCAAAUCAGACAGGAAGGACGACGACUUAAAAAAAUACAUUUUUUAUCAUUAUGUUGGUUUAUUUGUGUAUUAAAUCACUUCUAUAGUAUAAUUAUCUGAGGGUGAAUUAAAUCUUUUUAAUGCUGUGUGCUGUCAUUAGUUAGAUGGGACUAAAUUAAAUCUAAGAAUUAAAUAAGUGAUUACAAGUUUGUAAGUUUGAGUUUAUUCACAAGUGUUGCAGCAAAGGAAGUGGACAUAAAUUAUUACUGUAAUAGCUAAUCAGUUUAUGAUGAAUCCAAAUGUUUUUGGAUUCGUAAACGUAUCACCAUCGUUUUCUUCUGUUUGUUAGAAUUCAAUGAUUUUGCACACAAGA